AUGGUCAGUAGUUUUCUUUCUAAAGAAAACUCCAACGUGUUAGCUAUCCCUUCUUUUAGGGUUUACUAUGGUGAUGUUCCAAGUUCUGUACCUUUCAUUUGGGAAUCUCAACCUGGCACUCCUAAACAUACACUUUCUCAAACUUCUUAUAAUUUGCCUCCUUUAACUCCUCCUCCUUCUUACUAUUCCAAUAACAAUACAAACAAAAAACCAACUAGAAAAAAUUCAAGAUCCAAGCUUUUUCAUGCAUUAAUCAAGAAACUAAUCAAUCCAAAGAAAUCCCAUUUUCCUUCAUCACCUUCUUCUUCUUCGUUGUCAUCGUCGACGUCAUCAUCUUGGUCGUUUUCUUCACAUUCUUCAUAUUCUGCUCCUACAACGCCUUCUAAUAACUUAUAUCGACGGCCGAGGUUUUGUAGUAGAGGUUCAUCUUUUGAUGAAGAAGUUUCCGUCAAGUUAUCGAUGGCUCAGCAGAAGAAAACCCUGUUCUCCAUCCUCUCCAAAAGCUUCGCAAUUGGAUUAUCAGUAAUUAGGUCUUCUAUGGAUGACCAAAAACUCAAGUCUCUCGUUGAAGAAUCUAUUCAGGCAGCAUCGAAUUCGUUCGCUAAGGACAUUGCUAAUAUACGUUCGAUGUUGAUGGAGGUUAUGGGGAGAACGGCUACGCCCGCUGUUAUAAACCCAGACCUAACUAUGGAGGUCACUCCGGCGACGAUUCACCGCCACAGGCCGGAGAUUGGUCGGUUUUGCGAAUCGGAGCAGCUAACCAUCGUAUCCUUUUACCUCGAUGGAGAGGCGCUGGAAUGGUACCGGUGGCUCUUUCGAAAUAAACAAUUGGUGGACUGGGACCACUUUGCAGCAAAGGUCAGAAUUCGUUUUCGACAAAAAGGAUUGGAAUCGGCAGAGGGACGGCUGGCGAAGCUCCAUCAAACCACCACCGUAUCGGAGUUCCAGAAGCGGCCCAAAACCUACGAAGAGACCCUUGAUUUGGCCCAUAUCCAUGAGCGUCGAAUCCAAGAUGAAAAGGGACCUGCCCGACCCGGCUUUGCUCGAACAACUUCCUUAUUACCAACCCCUAACUUGGUGCCCCUAAAUCAAAAUCCCUCCACCUCCCUCACCACUAAUGCUACUGCCUCUCAAACAUCAAAUCGUCCUCCUAUUAAGCGGAUAUCUCAUGCAGAGGUCCAAAGCCGUCGUGAGCGUGGGUUGUGUUUCUAUUAUGAGGAAAAAUUUGUACCAGGACAUAAGUGUAAGACUCCAUCCCAGCUUUUCUUGCUCACUAAUGAACCUGAUAUUGACCCUAAAUUGUCAGAACCUUUUGCCUCUGAUGAUUUUAUUGCGGAGGAGCUGCAAUGUUUGGAACUACAAGAACAUUCGUCAAUUUCUUAUCAUGCUUUAACUGGAGGUAUUUCGCCAUCGACUCUGAGAUUUACAGGCCAAGUCAAUGGUACGCCGGUUCAGGUCUUCGUGGAUGGAGGAAGCAUAAAUAACUUCAUCCAGCCUCGAGCCGCUAAGCACCUCCAGCUUCCUAUUGAGUCGGUUCCUAUUUUCUCGGUUAUGGUGGGUGGACAGCGCCUUCCAAGUAAUGCAGUGGCGAGGCAAACCAAUCUGGUAAUCCAAGGGCAUACACUAGUGGAAGAUUUAUAUAUCUUGCCAUUCCAUGGAUCCGACAUAGUGCUGGGAGUGGCAUGGUUGGCCACCUUGGGACCGGUAAUUACAAAUUAUGCAACUAGGGAAUUCGGGUUUACAUUGAAUGGGUCGCGAACAACUUGGCAGGGAGAUUGUCCGACGGAUACCCAAGUGAUUCAGUUGCAUAGCCUACGAAGAAUGCCCGCCAUUGAUGCCAUAUCUUCGUUCUUUAGGCUAGAGAUGGUUACAGAGGAGGUACCUGAUACAAGGGAAACAGCUGUGGAAUUGGUUGCUCUCUUGAGUAAGUUUGAAGAUGUAUUCCAGAGACCCACAGGCCUUCCUCCCUUGCGUGACCAGGACCAUCAAAUCCAUCUUGCGCCCGGGGCUCAACCUGUGAAUGUAAAGCCAUAUAGAUAUCCUCAUUUUCAAAAGCAGGUAAUGGAGCAGCUUGUUGCGGAUAUGCUCCGAGAGGGACUGAUACAACCUAGCACAAGCCCUUUCUCUUCUCCAGUACUGCUGGUACGAAAGAAGGAUGGGACAUGGAGGUUUUGUGUAGACUAUCGGGCCUUGAAUGCCAUUACAGUCCGUGAUCGCUUCCCAAUUCCAACCAUUGACGAAUUAUUUAACGAACUACAUGGCGCUCAUUAUUUCUCUAAGCUGGAUUUAUUAUCCGAAUACCAUCAAAUAAGAGUCAGGCCCGAGGAUGUGGCUAAGACAGCUUUUCGGACCCAUGAUGGACAUUAUGAAUUUUUGGUAAUGCCGCUUGGGCUAACUAAUGCUCCCUCAACGUUCCAAGCCACUAUGAAUGAGGUAUUUAGACCCCACUUGCAUCGUUUUGUGCUGGUAUUCUUUGACGACAUCCUAGUUUAUAGUCCUUCCUGGGUUGCUCACUUGGAACACCUAGCUGUAGUAUUAAAUUUAUUGCGCCAGCACCAUCUAGUGGCCAAGCGCUCUAAGUGCUUGUUUGGGCAAACUUCUGUUGAUUAUUUGGGGCACAUUAUCUCAGCCCAAGGAUUGUCUGUUGAUCCCGCCAAGAUUCAUGCUAUUCAACAAUGGCCUCCACCCUAUUCAAUCAAGAAAAUUCGUAGCUUUUUGGGGCUAGCGGGCUACUACAGACGUUUCAUUCAUCAUUAUGCUGCAUUAGCUCGACCCUUAUCAGAUUUGUUGCGCAAGGAUUCCUUCCGAUGUGGAGAGAAGGAACAACAAGCCUUUGAUACUCUUAAGGAUAAGUUGGGAUCUACACCUGUUCUAACUUUACCAGAUUUUAGCCAAGAGUUCCAAGUCGAAACUGAUGCAUCGGGGCAAGGAAUUGGUGCUAUUCUUUCCCAACAGGGUCAUCCCAUUGCAUACUUCAGUCAAAAAUUAUGCCCCCGAAUGUAG